AUGGUGGCUGGUGGUGGUGGUGGUGGUUUCAAUGGCGACACGUGCGGUUCGCGAAUAAUCGAAUAUCCUCCCCACCAAGUUUUUCCGUAUAUCUCUCGACACAACCAUCACUCACUCUUCGCCAACCUUACUCUUUCUGAAAACACUCAAGAAGAAGGUAAAAGUUUUCACACAACCACAUUACUUGCACAAUUUUUGUUCAAUCAACAUUCAACGCCCUUUCUGCAGAAAAAAUUAAAGGUUCUACACUUGUUGUAUCAGGUGAUGGACGAUACUACUCAAAGGAUGCUAUCCAGAUAA